AUCCUUGAUGAUUUGUUGUUUUUAUGACAUAGAAAAUGAUCUAAAAUGCUAAUAUAUGUAUCUCCUUUAUUUGUAGGGGUAGACAUGUGAAAAUUUAGGAUAAUAUUCAUCAUGUUACAAGGGAUUAUAUACCAAAGUUUGAACUUUUUUGGAUUUGUUAUAAGGGAGAAAGAGCAAUUUUCCUGAGAGCGACCAAGACUUAUGGCUCACCCUUUAGCAUGUACUGUUUCGUAGAUUAGAACGAUUUGUUAAAAAGUCGUAGUUAUGGACAUCUGUGAUGUUUCCUAUUCUUGAAUAUAUUGUAAAUUAUUUGGCCGAAUUUUGUAUGAAUUAUUAUUUUUUAAAACUAAUAAACUUUUAUCUUCUUUUCACCGAUUUUCGUACAAUCAUUAUACACUUUUACUUUUGCCUGUGUAUCUAUGUAACCGAUAAUUGUGCAAUUACAUGAUAAUGCAACCUUUCUAAUUAGUUUUAAUGUAUUAAAAUACGUGAAAUAGGUUGUAUUAUUAUGUUGAUACAGAGAAAGUUGAUUCGAAAAUCAUUAAUCGAAUAAAUGAAACAUAUUUUAUUCAAAAAAAAAAGAAAUAAAAACAUUGCGCUUUGUAGUCAAUCUUGAAAAAAAUAAGUUGAACUUUUCAGUCGGCAUUCGUUUGCAUUUCUUUUAUCAUUAUAAAAUGUCAACAUUUCAUAAUCCGAUGUGCUCGAAGAUGAUAUCAUAUCCGAAAGUUCUCUUGAGUCACGAAGCUGAUAUAAGUAUAAAAAAAUAAAUAUGACGUUACUGCUUUCAAUGAAGCCAUAACGAAUGAAAUGAAAAAACAUUUACAACAAUGUCCCACUGAUUUUCAAAAAAAAAUUUUUUUUUCCCGUUCAUCUCUAUGAUGAUGAUCAACGUCUGACAAUAAAUCGUUAGCAGAAUUAAGGUUCAUUUGUAAUGCUACAUAUAACAAUCUAAUGCAAGCAAUUCCUGUGACAGUAUGGGAUCCUUGACGUCUAUUGAAUUUUGGAAAAGAUGGUGCAACAGUCCUACCAGUCGUAUGUCAUGCUCGACAUGAAAACUCGAGAUUUCUUUAAUUGCCACUAUGUAUAACAGCACAUGGCAGAACACAUUAUGCACAAAGUAGUCAUACUCUUCGUGAAGAACUUUCUAAUUAUUCUACGCAGGAUGUUUAUAGUGUAUUUCAUUCAAAUGGUCAAAGUUCAUCAAUGGAAAUACCUGAUUAA